CAGCUCCUUCGGGUUUGCGCCUGCGCAAUCCUGUUAGCUGCUACCUGCUAGAAAGAUGCGGCAGUCAAAGCUGCGGAGGCAGGAGUAAUACUUCACAUCAACACAGAACUCAUCACCUUCAUCAUGACCAACAGGACAUCUUAUUUUUAUGACCCGGAUGUGGGCAACUUUCACUACGGUGCGGGUCACCCCAUGAAGCCUCACCGUCUGUCCCUGACUCACAGCCUGGUGUUGCACUAUGGCCUCUACAAGAAGAUGAUGGUCUUCAARCCGUACAAAGCCUCGCAGCACGACAUGUGCCGCUUCCACUCCGAGGACUACAUCGACUUCCUGCAGAAGGUCAGCCCCAACAACAUGCAGGGCUUCACCAAGAGCCUCAACACGUUCAACGUGGGAGACGACUGUCCCGUGUUUCCAGGUCUGUUUGAGUUCUGCUCCAGAUACACAGGAGCGUCUGAGGUUGGAGCCGUCUUCACCGUUUCCGUGUCRCUGCAGUACCUGGAGCAGAUCCGUCAGACCGUGUUCGAGAACCUGAAGAUGCUGAACCACGCGCCGAGCGUCCAGAUCCACGACGUUCCCUCUGACAUGCUGAGCUACGAGCGCAACGAUGAGCCCGACCCCGACGAGAGGGGAGCCGAGGAAAACUACACCCGGCCCGAAGCCGCGAAUGAGUUCUACGAUGGUGACCAUGACAACGACAAAGAAAGUGACGUCGAGAUCUGAGACUAGAAGCYGUUUGGACCGAGCUGAAAURGGGGCUGUUCAACUGUUCAUCAUUGGAAGAAGUUUUUAUGGACUUUGACAAUUUUUCUGUUUCAUUUUGUCUCUGUGUAAUAGUGAGAAAAGUUUGUAGUUUUCUAUCAGACUCCUGCAUUUCAGAAGCCGAAGUGAAACGYCGUUUUAGACUGAACCAACAUUUACGCUGCUGGACCGGCACCAGUCCAGCCAACAACCGUUCUCUUCUGCCUUUUUACACCUUCUGUUUAAGGUUGCCACUUUUUUAAACAUGUAAACUGAAUGACAUGGGAUGAAAAUGUUCACAUGAGAAACUGUAACCAGCUUUGAGUUAAAAAGAAAAACUUUGCAUCAUGUCCCUCCUGCAGUCUGAAAUCCACCCAUGUGAGUUUUGAUAGUUUGGUUUUAUUAAUAAAAACKGAAUCUGUG